AAGGAACUUGACAAGAAGCACGAUGGGAAUCGAUGGCCUCUUGGUGCAUCUGGGAAGCGUGAUGAGCGAGACGCAUGUGAGCAGGUUCGAUGGCAAGCGCGCAGGCAUUGACAUAUCCGUGUGGAUGUACGGCGGGGCGUCGGCGAACGCAACGGAACUUGCCCUCCAGGCUGAGAACAACGUCGACGUCAUGACCAUCGAGCACACACUCGCGUACGAGUCGUACUGCAUCAGUCGCUUGGAGCUGCUGUUGAAGCACAACAUCACGCCGGUUGUUGUGUUUGAAGGCGCGGCCAUGGCCACCAAGGCCGUGACGUCCACAAGACGUGAACACGACCGCCGAAAGCAUUUGCUGCGUGGGCUGAGCUUGCAUGCAAACCAUGAUCUCGUGGAGAGCGAGAAAGCGUUUGCAAGAAGCCUCAAGAUUACACGAGCCAUGGCUCGGAAAUUUCGAAGGACAUUGCAAAGACUGCACCCCAGCAUUGAGUGCAUCGUGGCGCCGUAUGAAGCCGACGCGGAGCUGGCACAUCUCUCGCUGAUCAAAUAUGUCGAUGUCGUUAUCUCGGAAGACUCGGACUUAAUUCCGUACGGAUGUCACACGGUACUGUUCAAAAUGAACGAUCUCGGCCAAGCGCUCGAGUUUCGAAGGCGGCACAUUGGCGCGUGCGAAGCGUUUUCGUUUAUCGGGUGGACCGAGCUACAGUUCCUGCAGCUGUGUGUGUUGGCAGGAUGUGACUACUGCCCGACUGUCCCUGGCGUCGGCUUUGUGUCAGCCUACAAGAUCGCCAAGUCGUGCCCGUAUCCAUCGAUGGUGCUCAACUACCUGCACCAACACCACAGCGACGUUUUGCCAGCGAGCUACGACGCGGACUUUUACCGGGCGCUCCUGACAUUUCGCCACCAUAUCGUGUACAAUCCAGUUGUCCAGCGUGCGACGAUGUUGCACGACUGGGCUACGUCUGCGGACGAUAUUCGCGAGUGGGCAAGUGAUAUCGAUCCAGCGUCGUUCCUCGGCAACGUUGAAAUGCCGCACCAACACGCCAAAGGCGUCGCCGAAGGCCGACUCCACCCGACAACCUAUGCGGCAUACCACGAUUGAAAACGGCUGGUCUUUGACUCCCCAGAAGCUGUGAAGCGGUCAGCUUGGUGGGUGAUGCACUUGCCACGGCUAGUGUGCGCAUGGGCAGUCCAUCGUCUCGAUUUUGAAUGGUCCAGCCCAUCCAACUCGUCAGAUCGAACGAGUGGCAGAAUGCCGUGCUUGUUUGAUGAGCGGCUGAGGAUGGCACGGGUGGUCCGUACGUGCGCGGAGGUGGGGUUGCAACUACAACUCUAUUGCAUUCGAUAUCUCGAACUUUGAUCUCGAA